AUAAUCGUCGCCCAGCAGUUGAAUCGCGAGGCCGCUGCGUUCACCGGUCGAUCACCACACACGGCUUCAGCGACAUUUUUACUUUUUAACGCCACGCAGAAUGAAUGACAACGCAAGCAACGGCGUCGCUCGAGAAGCUGCGACAGCGAUUCGAUCACCGUGAAGAAAGACAUCGCCUUAUUGAGAAGAAGAAGAAGAAGAAGCGGGGAUCCGAGAAUGAGAUCGAUAGCUUCGCGUUUGAUCCACUCGCCCUCUUCCUUCCCCCGUUCAUGCUCUGCUCGUCUGUUGAGAUAUGAAAGAUCAAUUUCAACUGAGUCGAAUCAUGUGGACGAGCCUCAUAAAUUGGAGGAAGUAGAAACUAUAAGAACGCCACCUCCACCGUUGGAAAAGUUACUUGUACUGGGUGGCAAUGGUUUCAUUGGUUCACAUGUUUGCAAAGAGGCUUUGGAUCAAGGGUUAUCAGUUUCUAGUCUCAGCAGGUCUGGAAGAUCAUCGAUACGUGAACAAUGGGCUGAUAAAGUUGAGUGGCGCCAAGGAAGCCUUCUUGUACCUGAAACUUGGAGGGAUGCUUUGAAUGAUGUGACUGCAGUGAUAUCUUGUGUUGGGGGUUUUGGAUCUAAUUCUCACAUGUACAAGAUCAAUGGGACUGCCAACAUCAAUGCCAUCAGGGCUGCUUCUGAAAAAGGUGUAAAAAGAUUUGUAUAUGUUUCAGCUGCUGACUUUGGUCCAGUUAAUUAUCUUCUGAAAGGAUAUUAUGAAGGGAAGAGGGAUGCUGAAGCAGAACUAUUAUUGAAAUUCGCCUUUGGAGGGGUAAUUCUCAGGCCUGGUUUUGUGCAUGGAACGCGCCGAGUUGGGAGUAUAAAGAUUCCUCUAUGGCUAAUUGGAUCGCCAUUGGAGAUGGUUCUUCAGCACGCAAAGCCACUUAGUCGCAUCCCGGUUGUUGGUCCUCUCUUCACACCUCCGGUUAAUGUCACCUCUGUCGCAAAAGUUGCGGUCAGAGCUGCUACCAAUCCAGUGUUUCCUCCGGGCAUAGUUGACGCUUAUGGCAUUCUUCGAUAUGGCAAACAGAAGUGAGUUAACUCUAGUCUUGGAUUAGCUUGGUUUUUUUCUUCCUCAUAAAAAGAGUUAGAUCUCCUGAACAAUUCAUUAAUAAUGUAAGCCACCUUCCUCUUCGGCAUGCUGAGGAGAAUUGAACUGUGCAAACUGGCAUUGGUUCGUUCGAACAAAAGUUUGAAAUACUCUUUCAAUUCGA